CUUGUGUUGUAAAUUGCUGUUUCUAUUUUAUUUAUAUUGGUUCUUGAAAUUGGAAAAAUGAAGUUAAACCGUAAUAUAAAAAUACUUGGAGAACAUGUCGUAUUAGUGCCGUAUAGGGAGCUUCAUGUAGAAAAAUACCAUUUAUGGAUGAAAUCUGAAGAGCUUCAGAUGCUCACGGCAUCAGAACCUUUAUCACUGGAGCAAGAGUACGAAAUGCAAAUAUCCUGGAGAGAAGAUGAAGAUAAAUGCACUUUCAUCAUCCUGGAUAAGGUCAAGUUCAUCAAGGAUGGUGAUGAAAUAAGUGCAAUGAUCGGAGACACAAAUAUAUUUAUAAAAGACUCUGACUCUUCAACAGGAGAAAUAGAAAUAAUGAUAGCUGAAAAGACGGCCAGGGGUAAAAGGCUAGGAUGGGAAGCUGUCAUUCUCAUGUUAUUGUAUGGAAUCAAAGAUAUAAACCUCAAACAUUUUGAAGCCAAAAUAUCAAUGAAGAAUUUAAUAAGUAUUGCAAUGUUUCAAAAGUUAGGGUUUGAAGAAAUAUCUAGAAGUGAUGUAUUUGAAGAAGUGACACUAGCAAAGGCUGUAAGUGAGGAGUGGACUGAAUGGUUACAGAAACAAUAUUUGUAUCAAAUACAACCACAUUAACAU